UUUUGUUUGUUUAUUUUUGUUUUUCUCUACGGUUGCUUUUAAUUCGCGUUUUACUAAAUGUGGAACUGGCUUUUUCUCCUGUUAUGAGCACACAAAUCUCCUAAGAUUCUCACAGUAGCCGCCAACAUGGCUCACUUAAACAAGGCACGCAAAGCCGCAAAAAAGACUGCAGAAGCAAAAACAAAAAGCAAUUCAGAGCCGAAAAAAGCCCAAAACCCAGGCGAUCAGAAAGAAUUACCCAAAGAUGACCAGUUUCUGGACGGGUUGCUUCAGUUUACUAACAAGACAUGGCUUCAAAUCCGUCGCCUGGCCAAGUUUGUUAUGUCAGAGCUGGGUGGCAAUGAGUUUUUAGAGAUCUUGGCGUCCUGGUGCGCACGAAAUCCUCAUAUUGCCAUUUGUUUGCUGGCCGGCGGUCUGGUCUUUCUCCUGCCUUUCCUCAUAAUCUUUGGGUUCGGAAUAGCCACCAUGCUGAUGACCUUCACUGGCCUUUUAGUUCUAGAAGGCACUCUCCUGACAAUCGUGUCCAUGGUAUUCUUUGCCUGUCUAGGGGGAUUUGUCAUCAUGGUUCCUAUUUUCGGUGUCGCAGUUGUAGCCGCUUAUUUUGGCUUUGCCCAGGUCUACGGACUUUACGACGGCAUGGAGCGGCAAAAGAGUGCCCUAAUUAAGUUUGUAAGGGAUCAGCGGAAGGCAUGCGAGUCACCGUCAAGUUCAAUGACCAUAUCUGAGGAACCCAAUUCGGCUUCAUAAGCCAAUAUUACUUGCCCAUCAAACAUAGUUAUUAAAUGAAUAAAAUCCA